AUGGAAUGGAGCCAGUUGAUGAAUGAUGUGAAGAAGCCGAUUGUGGAGUUGUUGGACUAUGAAUCCAGGUAUACCUAUUUAUAUUCCAUCGCUCAAUUUGAUCAAUUAUCAUGCGUUCCAAAUUCAGAUGCAACCUAAGAACGUGCUCCAAAAGUGAUUGUGCACUCGUUGAUUCCUCGAAGUUCACAGCAGGAAACAUCACGAUCGAGGAAGUGAACAGUCGGAUGGACAAUGAGAAAGUGAGAAUUGGAAUCGAUAAAAGUAGAUUUACACAUUUUCAGACGAUCAUCCGUAUUAACAUCGACACAUUCACCAUUUGGUUCAUUGGAAAAAACGAGGUGACGAAGGUGGACAGAGCGUGGAACGGAGAGCUGAUGGAAUGGAGUGAGAGGAAGGGGGAGAACAGACGGGACGUGGCACGGAGACACAUUCAGAAGUACAUCGAGAAGUUCGGUAUAUUGGAAUCGAAGAUUAUUGCCAUCCGAUAUGUGAGUGACCUCAUUGUUCUCAUUCGCAUUGAUGUUUCAGUUGACGAUUGCUCCCUCCGAAAACUGGCAAUUGAAGUGUAAAGUGCUGGAACUGACGGAAGUAUUCCAAAAUGACAGAAGUUGGCUGAACAGAAUAGCUCCGAAUAAUGAGUUGAGAGAGAUUGUGAUAAACCGAUGGGACGGGCCCCCGUUACUAAUUCAACCGAGUAUUCUGAAUGUGACCGACACUCUGAGACUGAAUCUGGACUGUGACAUUACCGACGAGCAAUUGAAGCAGGUGAGGGCGGUCGAUCUGGCGCUCACGUCGCCGAACAUAACGGAGGGAGGAGCCAAGAGGAGUUUUGAGGUGAGGGAGUAAAUCGAGAAAGACUCGCAGCUGAAGUUUCAGCGUUUUCUGAAGUACGGCAAGGAAAACGAUGAGUUCCAUCUUCGUAUUCAGCUGCCGGCGAACUUCGAUUUUCUGAAAUUGCUCCCAAAAUCGGUGGUAUUCCGACGGCAAGCAGCUCAAAAUCCAGAUCUGCAGCACGAGCUCAAGUUAGUGACUGAUGUCUUCGUUUCAAAGAGAUUCACUUUCCAGGGGCAAAAUCAUCGGAGGCUUUUCGAAUGUGCACGGGCUGCAGAAUGUCCGUUUAUUCGCCUGUGCCGUGAACUUUGAUCACACUCACAUAAUGUGUCACAUUCCCAAAAAGAGCACUGCGCCACACGAACUCUAUCCGUUCGCCAACGAUUAUUGGAGAUGA